GGGGUCGCGCCGCCCGGCUCUCCAGGCAGGGCUCGCUGCCCUCGUGUGUGCUCGGCGGCCGCCUCCCUCCGACCGGUCCGGCGGGACCCACCCGAACCGAGCCGCGGGGCCCGCCCCGGCCCGGCCAUGAGCGCGGCCGCAUGAUGCGUCCUUGCCUCGGCCGCUGCAGUCGCCGCCGCCGCAGGCCGGGAGGAGCCGCAGCGCCGGGCGACCCCGCCCGGGCCUCGGGUCCUGUCACAUGCGACACUAUGCACCUUAAGAUCCUGAAGAAAAGGCGCAAGAUGUUCAAGUAAUGUUUCGAGAUCAUCUGUGAGGGUGCGCAGGGAAAUCAUGCCGUCAUCAGGACACCGGCUCCGGGAUGUCGAGCAUCACCCUCUCCUGACCGAAAAUGACAGUUACGACUCCUCGUCCUCCUCGUCCUCGGAGGCCGACGUGGCAGACAGGGUCUGGUUCAUCCGCGACGGCUGCGGCAUGAUCUGUGCCGUCAUGACGUGGCUCCUGGUCGUCUACGCGGACUUUGUGGUGACAUUCGUCAUGCUGCUGCCUUCCAAAGACUUCUGGUACUCUGUGGUCAACGGAGUCCUGUUUAACUGCCUAGCGGUGCUGGCCCUGUCGUCCCACCUGAGAACCAUGCUCACCGACCCUGGGGCAGUACCCAAAGGAAACGCGACGAAAGAGUACAUGGAGAGCUUGCAGCUGAAGCCGGGGGAGGUCAUCUACAAGUGCCCCAAGUGCUGCUGCAUCAAGCCCGAGCGCGCCCACCACUGCAGUAUUUGCAAAAGAUGUAUUCGGAAGAUGGACCAUCACUGCCCGUGGGUGAACAACUGUGUAGGAGAAAAGAAUCAGAGGUUUUUUGUGCUCUUCACGAUGUACAUAGCUCUGUCCUCCGUCCACGCUCUCAUCCUCUGUGGACUCCAGUUCGUCUCCUGUGUCCGAGGGCAGUGGACUGAGUGCAGUGACUUCUCACCCCCCGUGACUGUAAUCCUGUUGGUCUUCCUGUGCCUUGAGAGUCUUCUGUUUUUCACUUUCACUGCAGUCAUGUUCGGCACCCAGAUCCACUCCAUAUGCAACGACGAAACGGAGAUCGAGAGGCUGAAGAGCGAGAAGCCGACGUGGGAGCGAAGGCUGCGAUGGGAGGGGAUGCGGUCUGUCUUCGGGGGGCCCCCCUCACUCCUCUGGAUGAACCCCUUUGUUGGCUUCCAGUUUGGGCAGCUGCAGACCAGACCCAGGAAAGGGGGCCCAGAGUUCUCGGUCUGAGGCCUCAUCGUGCCAGGACUUGUCACCAGACUUAAGUUAUUUAUUUGGGGUCUGAAAGGGUAUGAGCAGCUCACCUGUGACCAUUAGGGCAGACGGAACCUACACAGACCGGCUGCUUGCAGCAGGGUUUUCUAGCUUUAUAGUCACAGACCAGAUUUUUCCAGACCAGUGACGGGGUGACGCUCUGGCCAGUUUUUGCCUGUACGACUAACGAGAGGUACGUGGCCACGUGAAGAAGCCAAAUGUCAUUAUCUUCCUCACGGUUAGGGUUUUUGUUAAGAACACUUGGCAUUUUCUGAGAAGUCGCAUGGGCUCUUCCAUGGUGAUUAAAGUCCUGUGUAC